AUGGAUGUAAGAUUUUAUCCGACUGCCGGAGGGAAUUCUAUCCCCGGAGAUCCGUCAAACCUGGAUUUCGCCCAUUGUUUGGGCUACUACAACUUCAACAAGUUCCAGAAUAACAACAAUUACAUGAACAUGGCGGAAGCGAAUGGCGCCCUUCUCGCUGCUGGGGAUACUUUUCAUACGCCCAGCUUGGGGGAUGAGGAGUUUGAGAUCCCUCCCAUCACACCUCCACCUGAAACUGAGUCCAGUCUCGGACCUGAAGUGAACUCGCCCUUUCCAGCGAUGCCAGAGCCCCCACCUCAACACAGAGGUCCAAUAAUUCCUCAGUUUCCCCCACAGAGUCUGGAGCUGCCCUCAAUUACCAUCUCACGCAACAUGAUGGACCAAGAAGGGGUGUCUGUCAACAACGGCCAGCAUGUGAAUGUUGGGCCCGGUCAUCUGCGUCAGUACCCAUCUGACCCGUCCAUGGUCAUGAAGUCCAUCAUUAGCAUGAACAGUCCUAAUGGCAUGAUGUCACGGAAUCAGCUGUCCACCAUCAACCAAUCGCAGCUCAACGGACAGCUGAGUUUGAACAUGGCUGGACCCAACAUCAACCACACAUCGCCAUCGCCCCCUGCCAGCAAGUCAGCCACGCCGUCUCCAUCCAGUUCCAUCAACGAAGAUGACCAGGAGGACAGCAACAGGGUUAUUGGGGAGAAGCGGCCAGCCCCAAUCGAUCCCACAAAGAAGCCCAAGACUCCUAAAAAGAAAAAGAAGAAGGAUCCCAAUGAGCCACAAAAGCCGGUUUCUGCCUAUGCCCUGUUCUUCAGAGACACCCAGGCUGCAAUCAAAGGUCAGAACCCCAACGCUACCUUUGGCGAAGUGUCCAAGAUUGUAGCCUCCAUGUGGGACGGCCUUGGAGAGGAACAGAAGCAGGUUUAUAAAAGUAAAACAGAAGCUGCCAAGAAGGAAUACUUAAAGGCCCUCGCUGCUUACCGUGCCAGCUUGGUCUCCAAGGCUGCAGCAGAAUCAGCUGAAGCUCAAACCAUCCGAACCGUUCAGCAGACCCUGGCCUCCACCAGUCUGUCCCCUGGCCUGGUGCUGCCCACGCCCCACAACCAGCACCCUGCCAUGCCGUCGGCUUCCCAGGCCCUGCAGCAAGCACUGCCACGGGCCAUCGCCCCAAAGCCUCUGCAGAUGAGACUAGGGGGCAGCCAUGUCGUGACUUCAGUCACAGUUUCCCACCAGAACAUGUCCUCCGGGAUGCCUCAGCAGCUGCUGGGCCAGAUGGGUGCCGGUGGGCCCAUGGCGGCAGGCGCACAGUCCACAGCCGUGUCUCAGAUGAGCCCACCCAUGCAAUCAGUGCAGCAGCACACCAUGCAGCAGCUCCAGCAGCAGCAGCAGCAACAGAUGCAACAGCACCUCCAGCACCAUCAAAUGCAGCAGCAGCAGAUGCACCACCAACAGAUCCAGCAGCAGAUGCAGCAUCAGCAUUUCCAGCACCACCUCCAGCAACAGCUGCAGCAGCACCACAUGCAACAGCAGCAGCAGCAACAACAGCAACAGCAGCAGCAGCAGCACAUGCAAAUGCAGCACAUGCAAAUGCAGCAUCAACUGCAUCAGCAGCAGAUUCAACAUCUCCAGCAGCAGCAGCAGCAACAGCAACAGCAGCACCAGUCGCAGUGUUCUCCACCGCAGCACUCUCCUGGUACGCCACAUUCAGUGGGAGGCUCCGCGUCUCUUGGUAGUCCGCAGCCAGCCCCUCAGCAACAUCCCCACCCCUCCCAAAUCCAGGCCCACGCACAGGUCCUCUCCCAGGUCAGCAUCUACUGAGCCAAAUGGAAAUCCUAGGAAUAGAAUAAAAGCAUCACUCCAUGUUGCUUUUCUAAGUUGCACUUAAGAAGUGUGUAAAAUUUAGAAUGUUAUAUAAAGAACCUGUUUAUUGUUGUAGACAGAUAUGCACAUACAUGUACAGGGGGGGUCACCAUGUUAGCUGGGGGUUUUGUCUAUGAAAUAGGCUGAGAACUGACAGCAGCCUGCCAGGCUGAGCGCCCAGUGGUUGUUUGUGACGUCUUUCAGUUGUUCGUUUGAACCGACCGGCUUCACAAAAUGCUGAAAGACGUUUAUCUCCCACUAUUUUAUUUAACAAUAAAGCUUUAUUUAUGAGGCCAGAGAUGUGAGAUCAGUACAGCGCGGGGAUAUUUGGAAAACAUUUUUAUCACUCCUUGCUUGGACUGAGUGACUCACUAGAUCUUCGUUGGAAACCAGGAACCCACACACCAAGUCUUUGUUCCCACACUGGCCAGUAUAUACAAGACUUUCUUUCCUCCAUCUUUCUUGCAGAUCUAACUGUUCAAGUCAUCACACGGGAGGUGGCUCGGUGAUAUUUAAAGACACUUUCAAGCUAUGUCACAAAAGCAGACAAUGUCUUUGAAGAAUGAAGAGAACUGGAAAUAAAAGGUCUUUGGAAGCAGUUAUCUGGAUGAAUGACUGAACUGACAGAGACAGAAACUGCCAUAAAUCAUUUAUGUCAUCACACCAUCAAACUGUAGCUGUAAUCUGCUGUACAUGUUUUGUAGAGAGGGGAGAGACGAGAUCUCCUGUUUGCAGCAAUUCACCCUCCAGACGAUUUGCCCAAAAGUGUGUAACUGGCUUUUCCCACCCUUUCCCCAUCCAAAAAAAAUAACUUCUUUAAUUAAUCUUAUUGUUUUUAUGUCAAAUGUAUAACAGUUAAAUUAUGUUUUUUUUAUUAUGCGUAAGAAAGGGGAUAUUUUAUGGUAAACACAGAUUUCUGGAUCAAGGUAGAUGAUUUAAGGAUCCUUGUAUUUUUACUCUGCUUACCAACACUGACAUUGAUGGAAAAAUACUGCAGAGCCAGUUUGUUGCACUGCCAAAGCCAACUCAAAAGAUAUUGGAGUUUGUUUUUGUGGGAUUUCUUUUUGUUUGCCAGUUGUACAAAAGUUCACGAGGGAAAAAAAGAAAAUGUAAAUUUUUUCAUAUCACCUGUUGUAAAGUUUUAAUAUGUGAGGCUUUAAUUAAAACAUUGUUUUAAUGACCUGUGGAUUGCUGUAUCACAUAGCGCAUUUCUGCUCUUUUAUACUUUUUUAUGAGUUCCAAUAGCAAUUAAUUUUCUUUGUAUUUUGCUUACAAACCAAGUACAGUUGAAAACUGUCCCUAGGAUAAAUGCAUAUUGGUAUGGAGUUCUUGGAAAAAAAAAAAAAAGAUGUUUGCAGCUUAAAGUAGGAAACGUAAUUUAAUGUUGGAGUUUUUUGCGGAGCCAUGAAGACAAUUCCAGAGACAUUCCAUCAGUAAUAUGAUCGUAGCCAUAAUUUUGUAUGAAGUAUUAUAUAUUUCUUUGUGUCUCUGUUUAAAAUUAAACUAUCAAUCAAAUA